GUUCGCAGUAGAAAGUCUCGAGGAUCUUUAUCGGCGGCAAGACGACGAUGGACUCGAUCGGGCAAGCCCGCGCGCUGGGCCGCGUGGAAGGCCGCGCGGAAGCGCUGGACGAGAUCGCGGACCUCCAUGGGCAGAUUGCAGUGCUCACGAAGCAAGUCGAACAGCUCAUGCUCGAUCAAGAGAAGACGACGAAGGAGCUCAUGUCCACCGUGUACAAGGACCUCAAGCAAGAGUUUCGGCGCCAAACGACAUCAACGCUGACGCCCAAGGAAGCCAUGGACAUCAUCAAGCCGUGUCUACGCCGCGUCGCCGAGGUGCAGGUGCCACAGUCGCAAACGCUCUUCCGCAACGUUUCCUUCAUGGCCCAGGACCUCCCGACGACGACUGCGGCGUCGCAUCCGCUGAGCCCGCCCACGCCACCCGUGAUCCCCGUAACGCCACCCACUCGCCCGCCUGUCACCGAGCCACCGGUUGUCGCCCAGCCGCUGCCGGUUGCUGACGAGCCGGUGGUCGUCAACCACAUUUGCGUCGCGGCUACCGAGAAGGUCGGCGUUGGCCGCGCCGCCCACAUGGUCUACGUCAUUCAAGUGCGCACCGGCGACACCGGUCUCGUGCUCUCGCAGGUCAAGCGACGCUACAAGGACUUUGUCUGGUUAUGGGAACGCCUCUCGAGCGCUUACGUGUUUGCUUGCAUCCCGACGCUGCCGCCCAAGAAUGGGCUCCGCGACAACUCCAAAUUCAACCCGCGCUUUGUCGAGAAGCGCAAGCGCGCGCUGCAGCUCUGGAUGAACCACCUUGCGUGGCACUAUGCAAUGGGCUUUUCGACCGAGAUGCAGACGUUUCUAGACGGCUCGGACCUUGUUCACGUGCCACGCACGCCGCCGCUUCUGCUGCCGCGGCGUCGCCGCACAUCGUCGAACGAAGGCUGUGGCGCGCGCAAGCUGGACGACCAGUCGAUCAAACGCAUCCAGGAAAAGCUGCCGGUACUGCAGCGCCACUUGGUAAAAGCGAGCAAGCGCCUGGAUGGGCUCAUCAAAGCCCAUGCCGACAUGAGCAUCAAUGUUGCUGGCUUUGGCAAUGCGGCCGCCCACGCGAGCAACUUUGAGCGCCUGCACGGAAGCGCGACAGCGUGGGAUGGCUUUGCAGCGCACGCUCUCUUGCCCUUGCAGCAAAUGCAUGACGACACGUGCGAGAUGCUGGACGUCUCGCUCCAAGAAACACUGCAUUUCCAGCACGCUCAAGUCAUGCCUCGGUUCGAGAAGCAAGUGCACGACCUGACGCGCGACAUGGGACCGAGCACGGCCGAGAAGCUGUCGCUCGAGUGGGACGAGGUGCAGACGAUCCAAGCCCGCGCGAUGCUUGAGAGCCUUCUGCACGUCGCGACGCACAUGCAGCAGUCCCACCACGACGUUGUCACCGUGUGGGAGUCGGCGCGAACCGCUGUGCUAACGGUGGCGACACCGCCGCCCUUUGCACCGCCACCAACGCCAUGUUCCAUGCCGUCGCCAUUGGCAGCGCAUUCGCAGCACGUGCCGGAGUUUGCCCACCCGACGCUGGAGCGCCCGUUAAAGCCCAACACGUUCGAGUUUGUCAACCACCUUGCGGACCCGGAUGCGAAAGACGCGCGGACGCUCUUUGGCGGGCCACAAGCCAACCCGAACGCCGUCUUCACCGUGUACCAGAGCUCCGACGAAGACGAAGACGACGAGGACGAAGCGCCAGCCUUCUCGGCGUCGUGGGACCUCUACAUUGAUCGCUUGCGACGAAAGCAGAAGAAGCAGGCCAAGGCCGAAGCCGCUGCCGUCGAAGAAACCAAGCGCAAAGAGAAAGAGGCCGAAGCUGCGGUUGCCGAGUCGCGCAAGAACCGCAAGCGACCACAGAGCAUGCAGUGGCCGCUCAAGCGCAUGGCACGGUCGCAGCCCAAGGUCGUCGUGCACGACGACUUGAGCGCGAUGCCCAAGAGCAUGAGCACCUCGUCCCUUGAUCGCAUGGACCCAUCCCCGCCUGCCGCCGCGAGCAAGGCGCUCUUCGACCAGCCACCAGCAAAUGCCGCCGACGUGCGCAGUGUCGACAACUGGAUUUCUGCGACCACGGACGGUGGCCAAGUCUACUACUAUCACCGCCUUACGCGCGCCACGCGCUGGACGAAGCCCGACAAGGCAGUGUUGGACGACAUUGAAGAUCGCUUGGCGGCGCAGGAGGAGGCGACGCAGCGCCGCGUCGAGGAACGCCGCCAAUGGUACCAAGACAACAAACAGCAACAGGAGAAGGAGGCUGCCGAAGUCGAUGCCUCCCGACACCUCGUGACGACCCGCGUCCGCGACUGGGCGCGCAACAAGGACGUGGUCAUGCUGCUCCGGUCGCUCCACGAGGUCUUGCCUCGGUCCCUGCUCAAGCCGUCGAGUGCCGCGUGCCCAUAUCAGGUCGAUGGCGCCGCGACCGUCGCGUCGGUGAAGAAGGCGUACAUGAAGGCUGUCCGGACCAUCCACCCUGACAAGCUGCCAAAAGGCGACUUCGACGUCAAGGACCGAUUUCUGGCACAGACGCUCUUCUCAACGCUGACACUAGCCCACGAUGAGUACCAGCGGACGCAUGCGACGUCGUCGUGAUGACACUGAAUGAUCGCACUCCUUGAGCUUAUAAAUACGGGCACAGCCUGGACUACCGGCG